UGAAGAUGGCGCAGGACAGUACGGUGCCCAGUGAUCUCUACCAGCAUGUGUACUCGUUUCUCGUGGAGAACAAGUUCGCCAAAGCCGCGAAAGAGUUUAUAAAGCAGGCUAAAGUGAAACCUCAGGACCAAAAUGAGGACCGUCUUAUGGACAUCUUCAGUUUUUGGGUGAAGUCCCCAGAGACCAAAAAGCGCAAAGCGGUCACCAAUGGCCCCGGGGUGGUCAACGGCCCCUCAGCUAAAAAAGCAAAGAAAGAUGUAGAGAGUUCCAGUGAAGACUCCAGCAGCGAUGAGGAAGAUGCUGCACCUGUUAAGAAACCCCAAGAAGUGAAAGCUGCUCCAGUGAAGCCAGCUGCUUCAAAAGCAGAUAGCAGCAGCUCUGAAGACUCCAGUGACUCUGAGGAUGAGGCUCCAGUGAAGACACCUGUGGCUGUGAAACCCGCUGUUCAGCCUGUGGUGGCAGUCAGGAAAAAAGACAGCAGUUCCAGCAGUGAGGAGUCGGACUCUGACGAGGAGCCUGCCAAAACUCCAGCUAGAGGGGCCAAACCAGUGACGUCGACGCCUAAGGUGCCCUUUGCGAACACUCAUGCAGCUGCAGCUCAGAAGAAGCAGGACAGCAGCAGCAGUGAGGACAGCUCGAGUGAAUCCGAGGAUGAAAUGCCAGUAAAGACAGCAGUAAAAGCACCUGUCCCAGUGAAGGCGCCUCCAGCUAAGCCAGCGGCGCCUGCAGAGUCCAGCAGUGAAGAGUCAUCCUCUGAUGAAGAGGCUCCUCCAACAAAGAAACCCAAGACUGGACAAUUCAGUGCUGUUCCACCCCCCAGGACACUGACCGCUUCCACUCCAGUCAAAGUUAAACAAGCCCCUGCAGCCCCAGUUAAGACUGUGACCCCCAAACCUGCAGCUAAGAAGGACUCGUCCAGCUCUGAUUCAAGUUCAGAGGAGGAGGCACCGAAGACAGCGGUGAAAGCCGCACCUGCUAAAGCAGCUCCAGUUAAGCCGGCACCUGUAAAGGUCGCUCCGGCUCAAGAGGAGGACUCUUCAAGCUCAGAUUCAAGCUCAGAGGAUGAAGCAGCAAAACCAGCUGCCAAAAUUACACCUGCUAAAGCUGCGCCUGCUAAAGUCACACAAGUUAAAGCCGCUGCUGCCAAAGUGGCUCCAACUGCAAACGAGUCUUCAUCUUCUAGCUCUGAUGAUGAGGAGGCCGCCAAGAAACCAGCCGCUAAAGUUGUCCAGGUUAAACCUGCGCCAGCCAAGAAAGCUCCAGCUAAAGUCACACCGGCUGCAAAUGAAUCUUCAUCGUCUAGUUCUUCAGACUCUGAGGACGAGGAACCGGCGGCUAAACCAGCUCCAGCAAAGGCUGCCCCAGCUAAAGUUGCCCCUCCAAAGACGACCACUGCUUCAAAGACACCUGCUAAGAAAGCCGAUUCCUCAAGUUCAGAUUCAGAUAGUUCUGAAGAUGAGGCACCAGCUAAACCAGCUGCCGUAUCCAAACCUGUGAGCACUCCGAAACCUGCUGCUAAACCUGUGACAAAGCCUGCUGAAAGCAGCUCCGACUCGGACAGUUCUUCAGAGGAAGAUGAGGAACCUCAAAAGAAACCUGCCACCACACCAGUAUCCAAACCUGCUGCUACUCCAACAAAACCUGCCCCAUCCAAACCCACCUCUGCAGCUAAACCUGCUGCUAAACCUGUGACAAAGCCUGCUGAAAGCAGCUCUGACAGUUCUUCAGAGGAAGAUGAGGAACCUCAAAAGAAACCUGUCACCACACCAGUAUCCAAACCUGCUACUACUCCAACAAAACCUGCCCCAUCCAAACCCACCUCUGCAGCUAAACCUGUGACAAAGCCUGCUGAAAGCAGCUCUGACAGUUCUUCAGAGGAAGAUGAGGAACCUCAAAAGAAACCUGUCACCACACCAGUAUCCAAACCUGCUACUACUCCAACAAAACCUGCCCCAUCCAAACCCACCUCUGCAGCUAAACCUGCUGCUAAACCUGUGACAAAGCCUGCUGAAAGCAGCUCUGACAGUUCUUCAGAGGAAGAUGAGGAACCUCAAAAGAAACCUGUCACCACACCAGUAUCCAAACCUGCUACUACUCCAACAAAACCUGCCCCAUCCAAACCCACCUCUGCAGCUAAACCUGCUGCUAAACCUGUGACAAAGCCCGCUGAAAGCAGCUCUGACAGUUCUUCAGAGGAAGAUGAGGAACCUCAAAAGAAACCUGUCACCACACCAGUAUCCAAACCUGCUACUACUCCAACAAAACCUGCCCCAUCCAAACCCACCUCUGCAGCUAAACCUGUGACAAAGCCCGCUGAAAGCAGCUCUGACUCGGACAGCUCUUCAGAAGAAGAGGAAAUUCAGAAGAAACCUGCUACCAAGCUGGUGUCUAAACCCACCUCCACCCCAGCCAAACCUACCCCUACUGCUAAACUAGCCCCUAAACCUGCCACCAAAUCCGCUAAACCAUCCCCAACUGUUGCAAAGAGCCCUGCGCCUGCUGCCAAAACCCCUGUACUGGCCAGCAAGCCUGCAGCUGAGUCUAGCAGCAGCGACUCAGACAGUUCCAGUGAAGACGAGGCGCCGACAAAGACAACCGUGAGUCCCAAAGCCGUAGCUAAACCUGCAGUUGGCAACAGAAAGGCCGCAACCCAAACCCCCACUUCUGCAGCGAAGAAUCCGUCCAGAAAAACUGCAGAGGCUUCAUCCUCAAGUGACAGCAGUUCAGAUGAAGAGGAAACACCUGUCGCAAAAACACCACCUGCUACAAAAACGCAGGCUGCUAAAGCCAAAGCAGAGAGCAGCGCAUCAGAGGAUUCUUCAUCUGAGGAUGAGGAAACAACAAAACCGUCCAAGCCUCCUGUUACUUCAGCAAAUGAUACACAGAACAAAAGGAAGAGGAAUGAGGAAGAAAAGAUGGAAAAUAAAACACCCAUGAAUAAGAAAACCGCCACAUCCACACCUCAUACUGUUCCUAAAGCCAAACAGAAGGCAUCCAAUGCUCCUUUCCGUAGAAUAAGAGACGACGAGAUUGAAGUAGACCCCCGGCUUGCAGACAAUUCUUUUGACGCCAAGUUGGGAGCCUGCGGAGACUGGGGGCAAAAAGCCAACAACCUUCUUAAAUUCACCAAGGGCAAAUCCUUCCGUCACGAGAAGACCAAGAAAAAGCGUGGCAGUUACAGAGGCGGUCCCAUCUCUACCACAGUGAAUUCUAUCAGGUUCGAGAGUGACUGAGAUCCAAACCACACAAGCAACUUCAGAACUCAUCUUGUCUAUUUCUCCUUUGCUGUAUGAGCUCUAGCAAGCAAUGUUCGAACCCUUCUACCUUCUCUUCCUGCACCGCUGGCGGUACACUGACACUGUUCUGCGAUCAGUACCAUUAAGCCAGCAUAGACUGAAGGCAGCAACAGAAAGUAGUCUGGUUCAUAUUGAUGUCUUUACCUUUUACAUGCCUUGAUGCAGUUAGACAUGGAAACCACAUGGUGGCACCGGUUCAUUGAGUUCUGCAAAUUAAAAGCAUUUUGAUUGGCUUCCAUGUAAAAAUCAAUGUUUUGGCAGUACUAUAAAAUGUUCUUUGAGUUGGAAAUAUUAUGGAAGCUCAUUCUAACAGGCAAUUGUAAAUAUCGUACUAGAAAUUAUGGAAUUUUUUUUUUUUUUUGUGAUGAGAUAUCCGCUCUUUGUCGAGAGAAAUGAGGAUAAAUGUUGAGUUGUCUCUGAUGGUCAAUGUCAAUAUAACAAAUGUAAUUUUAUGGUUGUGUUAACAUGUACGAGCCUAUCAAUGUAUCUUGAGUCUGGUGAUUUUUAGUUUUUGGUGUACGGUUCCAUUUGAAUUGGAAGCCAUCAAUUUAAUGACUCCGCCCAUUUCUGUCUGCCUGACAUGAAGAACACCCACAAAUGGCACACAAAUCAUUCAUUCUGUUUUAGUUCUGAUAUUUUAUUGUCCAUUCUAUUUACACAGGAUUGUGUUUUUUCUCCUUUAUUAUCAGUCUUCUAAAUGUAAUUAAAAUCUUGACUGAUGAA